CGUCUGGCAGCUUUGAAGCAGUUUGAAAGCGACGCCACCGACGCCACCGACGCCAGUGUAUUCGAAAGAGCGUUUGUACGACAACAUGUUGUACACACGCCGCCGCCCGCCUCCACGAAGAUAAUCGAAGUUGUCAGUGAGUAAUUACUGAAAAUUCAGUAGUGAAAACAGUAAGCUAUUGAGGCGAGACAGGUGAGAGGUGAAAGAGUGAGAGCGAUCUAGAAGAUCAGGAGGUGUUGAUUGAUGGAUACUGGACCGGAAGGUGCAGGUGGUGGAUACAUUGAUGUCGAACAAUACACAGCAAGCACUGGUUUUCUACACGGUUAGUUUGGAGUCGACGGCAGAAAAUGUAACAGACUUUGGAGAGUUGCUCAAUUUUGCCAGUUAUAUGAAAGUCACAUCUCCGGUGGUAAUCAUCACAGCCAUCCUUCUGGUGUUCAUCUUCUCGCCGACUAUCAUCAUAGGCAAUUCGGUGGUCCUCAUCUCCAUAUACCGUUUCAAGAGGCUGAGGACGCCCAGCAACUACUUGGUGCUCUCUUUAGCCACCUCCGAUUUAGGUAUAGGAAUGUUCAUGCCAGUUGGUAUGUACCUGGAGUUGUGCGGAUCAAAGUUCAUCAGUGCACGAAUGUGCCUUCUGAAUUAUGGAGUACUAAUCACGCUUUGCUGUGUAUCGGUCCUUCUUAUGGUUGCUAUUGCCGUGGAUAGGUUUACCUCCUUAGCAAGACCAUUGAGGUACAACAACUUGAUUACCCACACGGCAGUCGAAAGGUACAUCGGCGUCUUCUGGAUUUUUUCGAUUGUGGUUGGCCUCUCACCUUUCUGCUAUUACAGUUUUAACGAAGCUAUCGUCGAAGCAUACGAUGGACAUUGCUCAUUCGGAAAUUUGGUGGCCCGACCAAUCCAACUUUUCAUGUUCUGUGCAGUGUAUGGUCCCAGUGCGUGCAUCCUCGUCAUAUGUUAUGGUUACAUCUACAUGGUGGCAAGAGGUCAUGCCAAGGCCAUUUUAGAAGUGAGGCAUUCAUUGCACUACGCUCAUAGUUCAUCAACGCCGCGGUAUGGAAUCGCUCUAGCUAUCACGACCGGAAUGUUCCUCACUUUAUGGCUACCAUUUCAGGUAUGCAUGUUGGUGGAUGUGUUCAUGGGAACGUCAAUAUUAUCGCAUUGGGUUGUGAUUUACUUGGCGUUACCAAUUUUAUCCAACAGCGCUUUCAAUCCAUGGAUAUACGGAUACAGGAACGCGGAGUUGCGAUUUGCCGUGCACAAAGUCAUAGAAGAUAUCCUAACUCUUCUUGGACACAAUUACCGAAGUCAACAGUUGAAUGAGCAGCCUGCUCCGAGUAUAGCAGCAACAUUUGGAGACGAGCACGCAUCUUACAGGAAAGAAGAAUGCAUCGAUUGGAAGCAGGAUCUCCUUUUGGUGCCGAUUGCAAAGCCGGAAAGUUCCGGUCUGAUCUCGGAGAGCGACACGAAGAUGCAGGACAGAGCGCCGAGAAUGAAGGGUUCUCGAAGUAUGGUAGAAACUUUCGCCAUCCAUAAUGGCGGAGACUUUUGGAUCAUUACUGACAAGAACCUGGGCAGGAUGAACGGUGCCAGUGUUGUAUGAUCAACAUAAAUUAGAGUACUAAUUGAAUUUAUUUUUGUAUGCAUAUAGAGAUUGCAUAUUUCACAUGCAAGGAAAAUACUACAUAUUAUCAAAAUCUCCAGAUAUUUUUUCGUGCCAAACGUAAUAAAAAGCAAGAAAAACCCGACGAAUGUUGUUUAGUUCCUAACUGUACUAACUCACGGGAUUAUUUUAUUAAAAUGUAAUAAUCAUUUAUUUACCAAAUGAUAACGGUCGAAUUGAGAAUCAAACAUUUUGAAUGAGGUAUGCCUUGAUGUCUAAAUAUUUACGUGAAAAAACAAACAAAU